UACAAACGAAUAAAUAAACAGCGAAUGAAAAAGAAUAACUUUUUAUAAUCAUGAGUCACUCUAUGAGCAGUCCUCGGAAUAUUCAACUGGUGUUCGAGACUUAUCAGAAAGCGCGUUUGGUGUUCGUCCAGACAAUGGCUGAAUUGGCUACGCGGGCUACCAAUGUAAAAUGUUUGGAGAGUGCUGGAGCGUUGGACUUCCUCCAACCCCUGCUGUCGGACUCUUGCAGUACAGUGCGGCAGUGCGCCGUGGUAGCCGCAGCCAGGCUGGCUGAACAUGACGAAGGAGUCGCGCGACGGUUGCUCGACGCCGGAAUGCUCACUGACACGCUUGAGAACCUCAACAAAUUCAACGUUUACUAUAAGCGGUCAGCUUUGUAUCUAAUGAGAGCAGUAGCAAGGCAUAAUGAGGAGUUAGCGUCAGCUAUUGUUCGGCUCGGUGCGUUAGAACAUAUUGUUUCGUGUUUAGAAGAUUUUGAUACGCAGGUAAAAGAAAAUGCAGCAUGGGCUUUAGGCUACAUCGGGAAACAUAGCGAGCACUUAGCUGGAAUGGUAGUCGAUGUGGGAACACUACCGUUAUUGGUGUUGGCUUUUCAAGAACCUGAAAUUAGUUUGAAGCAGAUUGCUGCUGGGGCGCUCGUAGAUUUGGCUCAGCACAAACCCGAAGCUGUGGUUGAUACAGGAGCAAUCUGCCAUUUAGUGCGAGGCCUAGAGAAUCAGGAUCCAAAAUUGAAGCGCAGCACCCUUUGCGCGUUAGGGGCGGUGGCAAGCGCGCGUGCCGAGUUGGCCGAAGCAACCGUGGCCGGCGGAGCCCUACCCCCAGCACUACUCCACGCUGGGCAUGAUUCAGCACCUGUGCGACGCGCCGCAGCAUGCCUCUUGCGCGAUAUUGUCAAACAUUCCGUUGAUUUAGCGCAGUUGGUGGUAAACACGGGUGGAUGUGGUCCCCUUGUCGAACUCUUGUCCGAAGGUGCGGGAGGGUCCCGCGUACCCGCUUGCAUGGCCCUGGGCUACAUAGCCGGGCAGUCUGAUCAGUUGGCGAUGGCCGUUAUCGAAGCCAAGGCGGUAGUGAUACUGGUAGAAAUACUACAAAAUAACGAGUGUGAAGACGCGGAGCUGUGCGCUGCUGCAUGGACGCUCGGCCACAUCGCCAAGCAUUCACCGCAGCACAGCCUCGCCGUGGCCGUGGCUAACGCUCUCCCUAGACUAUUGCAACUUUAUACAAAUCCUAAGUCAUCAGGUGAAGUAAGAGCCAGAGCGUCAUGUGCACUCAAGCAAUCACUACAAUGCUGUUUACACCGACCAGCACUGGAGCCGUUGUUGCAUGCUGCACCAGCUUGUAUCCUCAAAUAUGUUCUAGCUCAAUAUUCUAAGAUAUUACCGAAUGACGCCAGAGCAAGAAGAUUGUUUGUAACUACCGGUGCUCUUAAAAGGGUGCAAGAGAUAGACACCGUGCCAGGAACAUCGUUAAAAGAAUAUAUUAACAUAAUAAACAGCUGCUUUCCGGAGGAAAUUGUACGGUACUAUUCCCCAGGCUAUUCAGAUUCUUUGCUUGAUAGAGUGGAGGCCUAUAUUCCUCAGAUUCCAGAACUAUUUACAGACAGGGUACCAAGCGAUUGCCAAAGCGAGUUAACUAUAGAAAAUGGAAACUAAUUUUU